GUGGAACAGUCCCGUAGCUUUGCGUGACGAUCACGAGACAGCAGCAGGGACAAUUUGUCCUGAAGAUGAAGAAGAAGAGAGGUUCAACACGGUUGCAAGCCUCAAAGCACGUGUUUCCUGAGACGGAACUUCUCCACCACCCGCUCACCUAUAGCUAUAUGCCUAAAUUUGUUUUGGGCAAACAGUGAGAUUAGCGCGUUUGUUUCCAAUACACACGCAGAUGCACAAAAGAAAGUUUUUGACAUUGGACAGCUCUUAUUAAGAAUGAAAUAGGAUCUAUCCUGGGAAAUGUGAUUGGUGUGUUUUUGCAAAGAAUUGAGUAAGCGUGGUUUGAGAGUGAAAGAAAUUAGGCAAAUGACAGAGGAAGUGGAACGGUUUUAACAUUGCUCAACCGAUAAGAAAACAAAGAAGCGUCUGAAAUUGUGAACUUAUUAUUGCCCUGUGAUCAAGCUGGAAUCACUGAACGGUGCAAUUGUCUUUCGGAGCUGUUCAAGCCUGACGGAAGCCAGGCACAUUAAGUCUAUUGCAAACAGGAACGUGUAGCUCAAUAUUCCAGCAUCCUCAAUGAAUGAUCCACGGAUUAGUCCAUAAUAGUUCAACAUUCAGUUUCAUCAUUUUGAACACGGGAUGGUGCUUAUAAUUUGAGAAGGGAAGAGAGGACUUCCAGACAGAAGGAGAUGAAGAGUGGAAGGAGGGAAGAGCAGAGGGUAAUGGAGGAGAAGAUGGAGACGGAGCACUCGGCUACAGUAGAGGAGCUGGUUGAGGCCUGUCUCAACGCCUUCGAUGAUGAAGGCUCCCUCAAGGAUGUCUCUCUAGUGCGCAGGUUCCUCAUGAUGCACCCCUGGUACCUCCCUUCCUCUGACCUGGCCAAGAAGCUCCGGCUCAUGUCCCAGGCAGACAGCUGCUCUACCAAGCGCAGGAUGCAAAUCUGCCACCUGGUCAGGUACUGGAUCUCAGAAUUUCCUGCUGAGUUCGAUUUGAACCCUGACCUGGCAGAGAACAUCCGGGGCCUGAGAGACCUCCUCUCCCAGGGGGGCGACAAGAACCCGAGCUGCCUCAUCGACAUCGAGAGCUUGCCGUCCUAUGAGUGGAAGCGGCAGGUGACCCAGAACAACGCUUCGGUCCUGAAGAAGCGCAAGGUGUCCCUGCUGUUUGAUCACCUGGACUCCUGUGAGCUGGCGGAGCACCUCACCUACCUGGAGUACAGGUCUUUCUGCAAGAUCCUGUUCCAGGACUACCACAGUUUUGUGAUGCACGGGUGCACGGUGGAUAACCCUGUCCUGGAGAGAUUCAUCACCCUGUUCAACAGCGUGUCGCAGUGGAUCCAGAUCAUGGUCCUCAGCAAGCCCAGGGCCACCCAAAGGGCAGAGGUCAUAGCGCACUUCAUCAGGGUGGCCCAGAAGCUGCUGCUGCUGCAGAACUUCAACACCCUGAUGGCGGUGGUGGGGGGGUUGAGCAACAGCUCCAUCUCUCGACUGAAGGACACGCAGGAGCACAUUAGCAGCGAAACGCGCAAGGCGUUCCAGGACCUGACAGAGCUGGUGACGUCGAGCGGGAACUACAGCCGGUACCGGCGGCGCUUCGCGGAGAGCGCGGGGUUCCGUUUCCCCAUCCUGGGCGUGCACCUGAAGGACCUGAUCGCCGUGCACGUGGCGCUGCCCGAUUGGCUGGACCGGGAGCACACGCGGGUCAACCUGGCCAAGACCCAGCAGCUCUACGCCAUCCUGCAGGAGCUGGCCCUCGUGCAGGCCACGCCCCCCAGCGUCGACGCCAACACCGACCUGCUCAACCUGCUCACGGUGUCCCUGGAUCAGUUCCACACAGAGGAUGAGAUCUACCAGCUGUCCCUGCAGAGAGAGCCACGUGUCCCCCAGCCUGUUGCUCCCAGCUCCCCCCCAGGUCCGGGGCCCCCUCCCUCCAUGAUGGAUGAAUGGGCCUCUUCUGUGAAGCCCAAGGCCAACCCCUCCAUUAUCAGCAAACACAUCGAAACCAUGGUGGAGUCUGUAUUCAGGAACUUCGACACGGAUGGAGACGGGUACAUUUCCCAGGAGGAGUUUGAGAGCAUCAGGAACAACUUCCCCUACCUCAGCAAGUUUGGGGAACUGGACAAAAAUCAGGAUGGCCAGAUUAGUCGAGAGGAGAUGAUUGAUUACUUCACCGGGGCCAGUUCCAUGCUUAACUGCAAAAUGGGCUUCAUCCACACGUUUACUGAGAGUAACAAUGUCAAGCCCUCCUUCUGUCAACACUGCACUGGCAUUAUCUGGGGAUUUUACAAACGGGGAUAUAAGUGCAAAGCGUGUGGCGUGAGCUGUCAUAAGGCCUGUCGUAGUCAUCUGUCCGUCGAGUGCCGCAAACGGACAAAGAGCGCAAGCUACGACAGCCACCACCCCAGCCACAUGCGCUCCUACAGCUUCCCCCCGCCGGACCUGCCCCCAGCCAGCCUGCAGAACACAGCCAUCUUGGAGGAAGAUGUGGACUUCACUGAGGAUGAAGUGUUCGAUGAUCACCUCUGAUUGGCAUACAUAUGAAUAAUAUUACAAUAAUAAUGUUAAAACAAUGAGAAUUAUUAUGAUAAAUGUAACAAUAUAUAACAAUGACAAUGUGUAUGUUUAUUGUAUGUCCGUUUAUUCAUAUCUCUCUCUCUCUCUCUCUCUGUCUCGCCCUCUCUCUCUUCCUCUCUCUCUCUUGGUCUCACUCCCUCUGUCUCUCCCUCUCUCUCAGUGCAGAAUGAAAGCCUGUUUGCAGGAUGAAUGAACUCUUCUGGUGUAUAGUGCUGUACUGUAAAUCCUCAGCUCCAUGUCUAAUAUGAGGGAGGUCAGAAUGAGAGCAGUGAUGCAGGUAAAGGGUCUGAUGCCCUGCAGUUCUCCCUGAGGUCAGGCGAGGGCGCUUUGUGGAAAACUGUGGAAUAUUCUUUCUGUGUGUGUGUGUGUGAUUUUUUUAUUUAAAUAUCUAUGAUUUUUACGUCUCUUUAAAUCUAUGUGAUAAAGAAAAUCAACAAAAAUGACAACAUUGAGGCAUAAGGAGACAUGACCACACUGAAAUAUCGGGGAAAACAUUGCACAGAUUUACAGUCAUGUUAUAUAAACCUUACAAAUAAUCCACAUAACACCUCACGGCUUCAGUCACACACAAUCAAUCGGAAUCUGUUAACAAUUUGACAGCAUGCGGUUUAAGUGUGAAAGGCAUGUUCUCAUCGUAGGUAAAUCAGGACCCGUCAUUGCGAUGAUAGUCUCAUCUUUUCUAAACGAUGAUUCCAGCAUCCUUCUGUCUACUGAAAAAAAACAAAAAAAAAAAAAAAAAAACCUUCCUGCGUUCCAGCCUGAUUGACCUCUGACCCUCGUCUGAACCAAAAUGUCACCCGUUUGUGUCCAGCACAAGUAAAAGCUCAGAUCUUUGUGCAGAUGAUGUUCUGUGCUAACCUUCUGUGUAUUAAUACAGUCUGUAUUUCUGAGACAGCAGUGUUGUGUGCAAACUGUGGCUUACAUUUGUGAAGGAUCUUUUCCUGCUUUCAGAUGCAUUAAAAGAAAACAAGAA